AUGGCAGAAGGCCCUGAAAAAGAAGAUCCGAGACAAAAGGAGCAAGAACGAGAGGAGAGAGACCGAGAGAGGGUCUUGGAACACAACGAGAAGGAACCGGCAGAGAGCGUCAAGCUGCUGCCACGGGGCGAGGAGUGCCCUGUGGACGGAGGUUCCAGCAGUUCCCUUGGCGAAAGCAAUGAGGGCGGUUCCGGUUCCAGUUCAGGCGGCGGCGGCGGUGGCGGGGGCGGCGGUUCCUCGACCAGCGGGGGUGCGGCAGCGACGGUGGCGUUCAUGGAUAUCAAGUCCGCAGCGAAGGCACACGCGACUGAGCAUACGCUGGACGAGCGAGCCCUCACCACACAGUACUACGAGCCACAACAUCUUCAGCACAGGUUCCCCUCUCACGGAAGUUCAGAGGAUCAUGGAUCCGGCGGCGGCAGCGGGGGAGGAGGUGGCGGAACAGGCGGCGUUUCCGGCGGCGGCGGCGGCGGUGGCGGGAGCACCGGUACCGGGGUCGGCGGCGGCGGCGGUGGCGGCGAACGAGGAGACAGGGGAAGCGAGAAUUUCGACUCACGUGGUGCCCACGGCAGCUUCUACGGUAGCGAGAGGAGCAACCGAGUGGUUGGCACCGGGAGUGGCGGCGUCGUCGGCGGCGGCGGUAGCGGUGGCGGCGGCGUCGGCGGUCAUUCAGCCGAUCCAUCGACGGCGGAUCCUGGCGGCUACAUACCCCGCAGUCGUCCACCACCUACGAGCUCUUAUCACGUGACAUCGAGCAGGGCGAGGGAUCGGCUAUACCCGAGGACCGGCCCGUACGUCUCUGGGCCGCCGCCCCCGCCCCACUUAGACCGACAUCGUGGAAGUCUGCCGCCGUCGUCCUGGUCGGCGUAUGAGCCGACGAGUUCGAGGUACGGCGGCGCACCGCCGCCACCCUCGCCUGCCACCAAUGACGCUUACCAAGACGAACAAGGAGGCGGUGGUAGCGGUAGCACCGGUCUGCGACAGCACAAGAAACAGCGCAGAAAAUCGCGCAGUGGGAGCAGUUCGCCAAGCGGUAGCAGUCGUUCCGGAAGUAGCAGCAGCAGUCGAAGCGGUAGCUCGGGCGGCAGCUCUUCCGGAGGCAGCACGUCGCCCGGUAGCUCUCCGCAUCGCACGAGCAACGUAGCCGUCACAGAGGAUCGCAGGCCAUUGGCCAUCUGCGUUAGAAAUCUGCCGGCACGCAGCAGUGACACUUCCCUCAAAGAUGGCCUUUUCCACGAGUACAAGAAACACGGCAAGGUGACGUGGGUGAAGGUCGUCGGUGCAGCCGGCGACAGAUAUGCCCUAGUCUGUUUUAAGAAACCCGAGGACGUGGAGAAAGCUCUCGAGGUUUCGCAAGACAAGCUGUUUUUUGGAUGCAAAAUUGAAGUAGCCCCUUAUCAAGGAUACGACGUAGAGGACAACGAGUUCAGGCCGUACGAAGCGGAACUCGAUGAGUACCAUCCGAAAGCAACGAGAACAUUGUUCAUCGGGAACCUCGAGAAAGACGUUACCGCAUCCGAGCUCAGGAAACAUUUUGAAUCAUUCGGUGAAAUAAUAGUGAGUUGA